UUGGCUGCAGAGAUGACGGCGCGAGAGAGCACAGUUGAAAAAAUAGCGGUCCGGGACCUACUGUAACUAGGGGAAGUUUGAGUAUGGGAAUGUUUUGAGUACAGUAUUACUUUUUAUGUGUUACGUGGGAAUAAGCAGCAUAAAAUGGGACGAUCUUCUGCAAGUUUGCUUUUUAGGACGAGUUUUGGCUUAUUUCUUUUGGUAGCUGAAAGGAUGUCAUUGAUUUAUACAAUUGUCCAUUGUUUCUUGAUGCGACAAUACUUAUGGGGUUGGUUGACCUUUGCAUUUCUGCUGCCAGCCUGUUGUACCCAGGUGCUCAGCUACAUGUGGUUCCGAGCUGAUGGCCACCCACGAAGCUGUUCUCUGUUAACAAUGCACGCAUUACAGCUAGGGAUAGUUAAAAGGUUUUGGGAUGGUGUAUGGAAUAUAUUAAAAUCAAGGGAGCCCAGUGGCCUGGGAGAGAUCCUGAGACGGCAAGGAGACCUUUGUGUAUUAAGACUUCUUGACUCGCUUCUUCUGUCCCUUCCCCAGUUGCUGCUUCAGACCUACAUUUUGAUGGUGGUAAUGGAAAACAACAAAAGUCUUCUUUCAGGUAUCAGUGCAGGACUGUGCUUGUUGUCUCUGUCCUGGUCCCUGGUCUUCUACAGCAGCUCCAUGGGUCUUCUCAAGCCAGGUCAUCUGAACAUGCCAGGUGCAGCUCUUUUUUGCCAGUUAUUAUGGAGGCUGGGAAUGGUUGGAUCAAGGGUUGUGACAUUUGUACUCUUUGCCAGAUCGCAUGGUUAUUGGAUCUGUGUAGCAGGAGGGGUUCAUUGGCUGGGGUGUUCAUUCUGGUUGUCUGCUCAGCAAACUGAUAUAGUCUCCAGUCCUUGCCACUGGCGAUUCUUCAAUUGCGCUCUGGGAGCUGUCCAUAUUUUCUGUUUUAUUAAUGUCCAGGAUAGUCCAUCUAGGUAUCGGAUUACAGCAUUCUAUACAAUCAUGCUGUUGGAAAACACCAUCUUGCUGCUUUUAUCUAGUGACUUUAGUCAAGAAGUCUUUUGGGAUUCCUUAUGGAGGAUUGUUGCUGUGUUAUCUGCAUUCCUUUUUAGUUCUGCUGCACUCCUUCUAUACUACAGUCUCCUGCACCCUAAGUCAACCGAGAUAAUGCAGAGCAUUAGAAAUGAAAUGAGGCAUACAUCUGCUACAUGGAAUCCUGCUUCACCACAGCACUGGCUUACUGACCCAGACAAGCCUCAGUUAGGAGGACACCAUCCCUGCGUGUCAUCUCCUUCUAUAGCAGUUGCAGAGUUUAGUAGCCCAGAGCACUUUUGCAGAGCUGAUCUUUCUUCUCAGAAUGCUUGGAAGAAAUCUUUACACCACCACCACUUAUUUUUGGUGAAGCUGGCUGUUAAGACAGGAAAUGUGUCAAAGAUUAAUGAAAUAUUUGGCUAUGCUGUACUGGAAAGCAUAUUUCAAUCACUCUCAAAGAGAAAAGAUCCAGACACUAAGAACAAAGAGAUACAGCUGAAUGUGCCACUUUCAUCUAAAGAAAAUCUCCCCCUAGCACAGCCAGAGUCUACCAUUUUUAAGGAAAUCUGCCAUAUUGCGGACAGUAAUUCUGAUCUGCAUAAAAAGGUCAGCACACGGGAAGCAUCAAAGUACAUCAGGGUUUCAGGUAUCAUAGAGAAUGGGGUAACACUUGGCCAUGUCAACAUGAAGGAAAAGGUGUCCCAAGACGAGCUGCAAGGGCCAGUAGAGGUUAUUGUUAUGUAUGCUGAAAAUGAUGGGCCGAGUGAAAUUUAUCAAAGCCACAAGAAAGUGGAGAGCACCGAACAAAAGUGUAGCAAGAGGCAUGGAAAUUCAACACUAUACUUCAGUGCAGAUAUGGAUUCCAGUGUGCGUCCACAUGGAGUCACUCCCUCAGUUCCACGACUACUGGUUGACAUGAGGCAAGAUAACAAACCAAUGGGAUUGGAAGAGGAUCUUCCACUACCAAGGGUGGAAGAUGCAAAUUGUAGCAAUAAUUUCCCAACAGAGACAACAAAGAUCAGCCCAGUUCGAGGUUUAGCGAUAAGUAAAGAUUCUGAGUGGAAUGUUAUGGUAAAUUCCUAUAGCCAAGACUGUGGUGACUCUAGUCUCUCAACAAACCCUCCUUCAGAACUACUUGAGGAUGAUGAUUAUCCACAAAAUUUUCAAAAGCCAGACUGUUUUUUGUCAUUGGAAAAUCAGAGAACCACAAAGACAAAAACCUUGACUCUAGCAGCAGAGCCACGUUUUACUUCCACUCCAAAGCCUCCAACUGCACAACAAGAACGGAUUCCAAAAGGAGGAGUAAAAGCAAAGAAACAGCUGAUCCAUUUGAUUCGAGAACUGCCAAGGGUGUAAGGUAAUCUAAAGUAUGAAUUGUGGCCCAUGUUUCACUUGAAGAUAAUGCUCCUUUAAAGCAGUCUCAUUAAUUGCCAAGAAUUACAAAUGAGGGCAUCAGGAUUUACAGUGAUUAGUAUCCAGCUUUCAUUGAUCUUAGUUGGGCAUCAGGAGGACAACUAAAGUCUUUUUCCUGCAAUAUUACAGCUGCUUUUAAAGUACUUGUUAAAAGAAAGAAAAAAAUAUGUAUUUUUUGUACAGAUUAAUAAGGGCCUCCACUACAGUACUGGUCUUGGCAAUAUCUUCUGGAAUUUAGCAUGUUUAUUGAAUUUUCAGACAGUGCUGUUUUGUAUGGGCAAUAUGCAUGCAUUUGUACGACAAGGAGGGAAAAAAAAUGUGUGGUUUUGUAAACAAAAAAAAAUAGUUUUGUAACGUGUCUUUCUGUCUAUUUCCAGCUGGUCUGGUUGAAAUUUCCUAAAAUUAGAAAAAUCCCACUAGUGGAGUUACUAAAAACACUAGGGCAUUUAAGGUAGGACAGUUAUUGUUGGAAGACCAUCCUUGCUUUGAGGCACCUCACUGCCGGCAUUUAACAAAAUGGUUUUAUGACAGGCAGCUUGCACUGACCAGAGGUAAGAACACUGCCAAAGUUGUCAAGCAAUCAUCUAACUUAAACUGCCCAUAUUGUGAAUGUUAAUUGUACCUGUAACAACAAUCAGGUGGUCCUGUUUUUUCCUAUUUUAUUAUUUCUAUCCUGUUAAUAAUGCUUAAACUGAACUUGGCUGAAACUCCCUUGUAGUUAAGCUCAUUGAUGUUUUGAUUACAGUUUACAGUGUACUUGUAUUUUCAUAUCUGAAAAGGAAGAGGAAACAAAAUAAUACUGUAGAAAUGUAUUUUGGCUCGUAACACAUUGUGUAGUGUUAAGUAGCUUGCGGAGCUUGACUGCUAAAACUGCAAUUUGCAGGUAUUUUAACUCAGCGUUCAUGCCAGUGAAAGCACACUGGAGAAAUUUCAGCUUUUCUAAAAGAUAUGGCAUUGAUAAAACAAGAUUCUGGUAAAUACUUAACCUUGACUGAGUGAAAAUCUAUAGAAAGUUAGUUGUGAGACUGGUGCAUAGCUUAGUUUUUAUGAGAACUUUUAAACAGAGAUUCAGAAGAAAGUACAAUACAAAUGCAAAUGACAGUGAGCCAGAACAGAGGUGAAAUCUAGAAACAGUGAAACACUCCUUGUUUACUACUAAGUCUCAGGCAGUUCUUGCCUGCAGUGUCUCACCUAAUCAGUCAGUCAUAUCUCUCAACUUUUUAUCUCCCAAAUUAGACACAAAAAUAGGGAUAGGGCCCCAAAUUGGGGACAUAUUUUAAAUGCUGAUAUUAACUUACAAAUUUUUAAAAAAAUGUCCCAUUUUAUUACAGAUUGUGUCAGGGCUAGUCACUCGCCGUAAAUAAUGGUUCUAAGUGAUUGCUAACACUAACUGAUGUAAAAAUGAGGAAUAUAGGGUUGACACAAUGACAACACCCUAUUUUAUGAGAGAUGGAACAAACCAUUUAAGACAAAAUUAGGGACAAUUGACAGAUUGUGCCAUCAGUAUCCAUAAACAUUCCACUGGUUGUAGAUGGAAGUAUUGAAGUUAUAGUAUCUGAACACGGACUUACGCCACAAACAGGAGGCAUUGGACCUAAUUUUCAACUUUUGUAACCCAUACAACAGCAUGUUUUAUUUGUGCAAGCUCCACCACUAACUUUGUCAUCUUCUUUUCCAGAUGCCUGGUGGAACUCUCGAGGACUAUUACAUUUGGUUUGCAAAUGCAGGCAGUAGGUGUUUCUUUACCCAUGGUACAUUUUUGUGAGGGAGGGUUUGUCAAAAUCUGCCAUUACACCAUGAGGAUAGCAGAAAGUGUGCCCAUUCUCAGUCUCCCCAGAUUUUUUCUGCAUUUCAUACAUAACAGAAUAGCUCCCACAUAUAGUAUUGAAGAAACUGUAGUCCUCAACAUGCCUUUACUGUCUCAGCUCAUUAGCUAAAAACCCACACAGUGUACUGUCUGUAUUGCUUUGGGGAGGAAAUAUAAUGUGAAGGAGUGGCAUAAGUGUCAGUGCUUGAAACUGGCUACCCAAAGGGAAAAAGUGCAAAGAAGAUAGCAAAUUUAGAGAGAGUCAGUAGCAGGGCUUUUCUUGCAGUCUGAACUAUCAAAUGGAGAAUGGGAAGAGAAGGUAAGGGAUGAGGCUAGGUAUUACCAAAACUUCCACUGAAAAAAAGCCCUCUUGUCUUGUUUUCAUUGCAAGCCCUCCCAUUAGAAAAAAGUGACCCUGCACAUUUAUUAGCAGAUGAUGAUGUAGAAAGUGGCAGGAGAGGUGCUAUACCAGCAGCCACCUUUAAGGUUGAGUCAAGGGGUUUGAGCACCAAAGCCUUAAUGCAUGCCCAGCUGGAAGACUAGCCUGCUAAUAGGGUGGACUCUUGACUCCCCUGGUGAUGGCCAGUAUGGUUAAACUGUGGCUCAGCAUGGCUUCUUCUGGCACUUCCUUCCAAGACCUAGCCUUAUCAGCAAAUCAAGGGGCCAUUCCAAGUCCUCAUUGGGCCUUUGAUGUCCAGUGCUGCCACUAUGACCAGAUUGCUGUCUACACAUGGUGAGAUUUUAUUCAGCAGGAUGUAGAAAUUUAACCUGAUGCCAGUGAAGUUCCCUGUACAGACUUUGUGCAGUUUAGUGUCAACUCUAGUCGGCACCUGUCUAUCCACAUCGCAGGUCUGUCGCACUGUGCCUUGGCACCCACCUGUUACGUUUACAGAUACCAGGGUGUCAGUUGAAUGGAGUCCCCAGACAGGCAACAUUGGUUGAUUGCCUUCUUCCCUCACUGAAUCUGGCUGGGCGGCAGACUGUCAGGGGACUGAGGUCCUUGCUCCAGGAAUGGAUAAAGACAGAUGAAACUUACUUUUGUAUAGCUUUCAAAGCUUUCACAAAAGGACACUCCUUUGGAGAAAAUUUGGAGAAACCCACAAGGUAAUGACGUUUUCAACAGACUGACCUGUUGCCGAUUUGCAUUCACCCUAAAAGAGAAUGAACCAUGAACUUUUGUCAGACCUACAUUCCUUGGUUCCGGAGUGACGUGAUGUUCCAGCCACUGUCUGAGGUCAGCCUGUCGCAUGGUUUUAUGACUGAUUCUUCUUUGGUGGACUGUGUAGGCCAGCAAGGCACCUUCUUGGUGUUGGCAUAUGAGGUCUUAUAAACUUGAUGACCUCUUUAGAUCUUGAUGGAUUGUCUUGGUAAUUAUGAUCUAAGUAGAAGGAUUUUCUGACCAAUGUCACACAAUGAUCGAGCCGAGAGAAUUAUCAAGACAUGUUCCAAGCCCUUAUCUACAUUUUCAUUGUGUAUUGUGUUACUUUCUAUACUACUGGCUGAGGGGAGAGGUUGUCUAGCGAGUGUGGCAGUAUUGCCCUUUUUGUUUUCAUUUAAUGUGAGCCUGUUUUCAGUUCACCAGUUACCGAGAAUCGAACUGGAGAAAGUCUUGCUGUGAGGCAACAACACUACUGUUGCACCACUGCGUUGUUAUUUAUAAGUGAGUUCUUGGGGAAGGGUUUUGGUAUUAGAGGUGGACUUGACAAUAGCUUCCAGUUUGCAGUCAUCUGCCAACUUGGUUAGCCUGAGAUCCUGGUUCCUGUUCUACAGGUUGGAAAAGUGAAUGAAGUAAAGGAUGGAUCCUUACACUGAGCUCUGUGGACAUCGUGGUUUACUUUCAUGCUAUCCGAAGAGGCUCCUGACACUUGCACUUGAGGAUUCGGUCUUUCAGCCAGUUUGCUCUUACCUUCACAACACAUGGAUUUAUUUUUUUAAGUAUUUAUCUUACUGUGUCUGAGUGGGAUGUAUUUUCAAACAUCUUGUCAGAUCAAGAUACACUGUGUGAAUAGCCUGCCUCCUGUCAACAGCCUGUGUAACCCUGUUAAAGAAGUUGAUCAGAUUCAUUAGGCAGGAUCUUCCUCAGCAGUUUUGUUUUGUCUUGUCAAGUGGUCAAGCCUAAUAAGGUUUUUUAAUGUCCUGGUUUGAGGUCGGGUACAACAUGUUCCAUUUCUUUACAGAUGAGGCUCAUCAGGCUGAUGAGUCUAUAAUUUCUGGGUUGGUCAUGGGGGCACCCUUGUGUAGGCAGUUAUCACUGUGUUAAACCAAACUUAAGGGAAAAAAUGUAAUCUAAUCAUAGUUUAAACAGAGUGAGGUGUGGCACUAUGAGGACUGCUUUGCACCAUUUAUUAAGCAUCCAGGUAUAUUGUCAGGCCUCUUGGAUGAAGUAUGCUUGGUCAUAGCACUUUCAAUACGUUACCUUGUGAUGAUGAUGAUGAUAAUAGUAAUAAUGCCAAUAAUAAUAAUACCCAUUUGUUAAUCAGAUAAGCCCACUGGACACACAGUCCCUUUUAAGGGGCAACCCAGGAGCAUUCAGGAGCAAUGUCUGAUUACAUUAAUUACUAAAGGUAAGCAAAUGAGGACUGAGGGAAUUAAACACUGUACGACAGGAACUUACAACUUACAGGCUUAACUUUCUGUGCCAACCCUCAGACCAGAAAGUAGAGCAGGGCUGUGCAUGAUAACCCUGGUGUAAAUUUACAGAAGACAUUUUUUAUGGUCAGUGUAGACAUAAAGUUUGUAUAUUGGCUUAUCCAUAUUUGCAAAAGGUUUUUGUUUGGUUACCAUGGACAUAAAGGAUGUGUACUGACAUAUCCCAGGGGGCUAACUGUAAUGCUUUUUCCAGUCAGUAUGUAUGGAAAGAGGGUAAUGUGUGUCAAACAAUAACUUGAUUUUACAAAGUGGGACCUGUGCUGUGUGGUUUAAUUAAUACCCAUUCUUGUAUAGUUAUUUUAACAAACUUGGAAUGAUUAUUUUAACAGACUUGGAAUGAGGUUUAUUCAUCACUGGCUGCAGUAUUGAAGCAGUAAAGUGGAUUGAAAUGGAAUCACAAAGUGUUUCUACUUUAUUAUGUCUGAUUUGCACUGCAGAGAUCUGCCACAAAUUCUACAUUGUCAUGAGAAUAGUUUAAUGACCCUGCUCUUAUGUAAUUGCUGCUCAUUGGUAAUAAAGACUAUUUCUUCUGUGCAUCUUGAGAGAGCAGUCAGUUGCACCAGCUGCCACUUGGUGUACUGUUGUCUUGUAUAAUGCUAGAAUGCACUUCUAGUUACUGGCCUUAAUUUUGUUAACAUUUAACAGUGAUGCCUUUUUAAAACAGCUGCAAACAGCAGAAAAUAACACAAGUGUGUCUUGUAAAUGUAUUGUGCGUGUGAAGGCAUUUUUAGGUUAUACAGUAACAAAACAUUCCGCAAGAAUAGCAUAUCCCAUGUUUAUAUCUAUAGAAAAGGAUGCAGGAGUAGGGCAUUUGCACUAAAGGCUGAAAGCUGCAAGUAAUUUAGAAGUGUUUGGAAACUGUACAUUUCACUAAACGCGCGGCAUGUUUUUAUUCUGUCCAUUUUUUCUCUAUCAUUUCAGCUUAAAUGGCUAAGUAUAGUCUCAUAACAUUGCCACUGCCAGCUCAUCCCUCAAAAAAUACACUCCAUUUAAAGUAGACCGGUUGCUUAUCCUUUGUGGAACCUAUACUUGUAAAAUUUGGAAAAACAGUUCUGCACAUACUUUUGCUUUGACAUUAUCUUAGUUUGCUUGCACUAUGACUGUAAAAUCAGUGUGAGAAUUUCUUUGCCUUGCUUUGCUGCAGCUGUUAAUUGAAUUCAAGAUUCCAGAGCUAAAUAGGUGUUUUAUAUAUGCAAAUUAAGACAUUCUGUAGCAGAAUGCAAAGUGAUUAGACUGAUAAUAUAAAAUGCAGUGCCUUCUGUUGCAUGUUUGUUACGGUCAUUGGUUUGUAUAUAUCCUGACAUGCACUGUGACAAAUUCAUGCUCACUUGAAAAAUGAUUUUCAUUGACUGUAUUCAGCUUCUAUUUUUUUUUUUUUUUUUUUUAAUAUCGUGCAAUUGUCUGCAAUUACUGCCAGUGAUUCAUGAGGUGUUGUGCAGUGGACUUCCUUAAUUAAGGUAAAGGUCUGCUACUCGUUAAUAGCUCAGAAGAAUUUGCUGACCCUACCCUUACAGCUCACUGUAGCUGUUGGACAUAGUUUGGGAUGUGUUUAAAUAAUGUUGUCAGUGUGUUAUUUUUUUCUUCCUUUAAUGAAGGAUUGUUUUUUUGUGUAUGUGUGUCUGUGUAUACUUUAUAUCUAAUGUAUUAUUCUGUACUGUAAUAAUUUAAUGUUUUGUGUUGCAUAUUUGUAGUAACAUUUAUUAACUCAAUCUUUGAGAAUGUGGUUAAAUGAUAUCCAAACUGAUUAAU